GAGCCUCUGAAACACUCUAGCAUUUCACUCCAACUCUUGUAUAUAUACCACCAAGUUGUUCUCUCUUGCUUAGUGUGCUCUCUCCUCGGCAGAAUUCAGGUAUAGUUACCGAAGGUGGAUAUCAACUUCCUCUGAAAAAUAACCCAGCAGGAACCAUCAUGGAGUAAUUGGGCUUCAUGAGAUCAUCACUGUCAAGUCUAAAAAUACAUGGGGAGAUAAUCACAUUUACUUUUUUCUUUCUUGUACAUUUUCAGCACGUUCACAUCCAUGUUCUUCCCAGGAAGGCUGGAGACUUUCACAGGAAUGACAGCAUCUAUGAGAAGCUCCAGAAACAUGACAAGGAAGAGGAGGACUCCCCAGUCUCUUGGAGAUCAGAAGAGGAAAUGGCAGAAGAAGCUGCAGCUCUGCGGGUCUACUUUCAGUGACACAGGUAAAGACUGCAUUUUGUCAUCACCCAGACCCUCCCAUGGACCUCAGGAAAGAGGUUGCACUCUCAGAAUGGAGAUGCAUAAAAACACCUUCACCAGCAUCCUUGGGUGGUGGCUGCAAGCUGCAGGGGAGAAAACCCUGGCCUUUGAGUACUGUAUUCCCAGCCUCCUAGUCUCUUCCACCUGCCUCUUCACGCCCUUCUUCCAAGCCAGUGCCCCCACCCCACCACCAACUUUCUCCAGUCUUUCCUGUGGUGGUGCUCCUCCAGAAUCCAAUGUUCACAAAGCAGACCUUCUGUCAUGCACAACUUUUUGUUUAAAAUGUCAACCCCACCUUAAGGUGUGACAUGGCCCUCAGGCUCAAGUCUGUCUGUGAGGCCCUGUAAACCAGCUUUCUCUGCCUCUCUACCACGCCCCCAGGCAAACUCCUCUGUUUUCACUGAGAGGACUCUUCUCUUCAGUUGCUAUUUGGUAAAUUGCCUUCACAUUUCUCUUUUUGUACAGCUGCUAGGAAGCUUAGGCCACAGGGAAAAGUCAAGGCUUGAUAGAAUUAAUCUUUGCCUUAAUGAUGGCUAACUCUUGAGAGAUCAUAGGUUUAAGACUCUGGUAGAAAGAUAGCUAUAGCCAAUUUCCUUGUCAAAAUGCUUCUACUCCAAAUUUUUAUAUAGUGUCUAAGGAACUCAUGCCUAGAUCUAUCUGGCAAUCUAUAUUAUCCCUCCUAGUCUCAGUUCCCAUAGUAGGCUGCUGGAAUGACUGAGGGUGAUGUGUUUGGUCUGUAAACAAAAAGCAUUAAAAAUGGCCAGGAACAGUGGCUCAUGCCUAUAAUCCCAACUACUUGGGAGGCUGAGGCAGGAGAACCGCUUGAACCUGGGA